AUGUAUACCGCGUCAUUCGCCUUCUUUGAGGCGCUAUGGGAGGCCGGCGUCACCCAUUGCUUCGUCAACUUAGGCUCCGACCAUCCAAGUAUCAUUGAGGCCAUGGUUAAGGGUCAGAAUGAGAAAAAGGGCGAGUUCCCAAGGAUUAUCACUUGCCCAAACGAGAUGGUAGCGCUAUCGAUGGCAGACGGAUUUGCCCGGCUGACCGGGAAGCCACAAUGUGUCAUCGUACACGUCGAUGUGGGAACACAAGGCCUCGGUGCUGCGGUCCACAACGCCAGCUGUGGACGGGCACCCGUCCUCAUAUUUGCCGGCCUUUCACCAUUUACUAUCGAGGGCGAGAUGCGCGGAUCCCGAACCGAAUACAUCCAUUGGAUCCAAGAUGUGCCGGAUCAAAAACAAAUUGUAUCCCAAUACUGCCGCUACUCUGCCGAGAUCAAGACAGGAAAGAACAUCAAGCAGAUGGUCAACAGAGCUCUGCAGUUUGCGUGCAGCGACCCAGCGGGGCCAGUGUAUCUCUGCGGCGCGAGAGAGGUCAUGGAGGAAGAUCUCACGCCGUAUUCUCUGGAACAAGCACACUGGAAUCCAGUUGAGCCCGCAGCUCUAUCAGAAAACGCCGUCAAGACCAUCUCCGAUGCCCUCGCCGAAGCGAAGAACCCCCUUCUUAUUACCGGAUACAGUGGCCGAAACCAGAAGUCUGUUCCAGAGUUGGUUAAGUUGGCCGAUACGGUUAAAGGACUGAGAGUUCUUGACACGGGCGGCAGCGAUAUGUGUUUCCCUUUUGAUCAUCGUGCAUCACUGGGACUGAGAUACGGAAGUGAGGAGAACAUAACAACAGCAGAUGUCAUCGUUGUCAUCGAUUGCGAUGUCCCAUGGGUAAACACCCUGUGCAAGCCAUCGAAGACGGCCAAGAUAUAUCACAUUGAUGUGGAUCCACUUAAGCAGCAGAUCCCCGUAUUUUACUUGGCUGCCGCAUCCAGAUAUAGGGCGGAUAGCUACACAUCGAUCAGCCAACUUACGAAGUAUUUAUCUUCGAAUUAUGCUACUAAAUUUGCCGAGGAUACGUUUAACAGCAAAUGGGAGGCCUUGGCUCAAUCUCACCAAGCGCGCCUAACAAAUAUUGCCCAGCUUGCAUUGCCAAAAGAUGACGGCUCGUUUGGCACUGGUUAUCUAUGCCGCACCCUUCGAAAGCUCGUUCCCGAGGAUACAAUUUUCGCAAUCGAAGCAGUGACAAACACUGGAUUUGUAGCUGAUAAUAUCCAAGCAACCCUUCCUGGCUCUUGGAUCAACUGUGGGGGUGGCGGACUCGGUUGGUCUGGAGGCGGUGCACUGGGUAUCAAAUUGGCCUCGGAAUAUGAGAAUGGCGCAGGAAAAGGGAAGUUCGUAGUCCAGAUCGUUGGGGAUGGUACAUUCCUGUUUAGUGUUCCCGGAAGUGUGUACUGGAUCUGUCAAAGAUAUAAAAUCCCCAUCCUCACAAUUGUCCUGAACAACGAUGGAUGGCAUGCUCCCAAGAGAUCUCUCCUGUUGGUUCAUCCCGAUGGGCUUGGCUCAAAGGCUACGAAUGAGGAGUUGAACAUCUCAUUCGCCCCUACACCCGACUAUGCAGGAAUCGCCAAAGCAGCAGCCGGGGGUAAGCUAUUCGCUGAGAAGGUAGCUAAGAGUUCUGAUCUUGAGGGGGUUCUUCAAAGGGCUGUCGACGCUGUCAAGGGUGGCACAACUGCCGUCAUUGACGCUGUUGUGGCUCCGGGUUGUUAG